AUGUCUCCCGCACCUACCGUGCUCAUCAUAGGAUGCGGCGUCGCAGGUCCUGUUCUCGGCAACCUUCUCAUACAAAAAGGCUACCAUCCCAUCGUCUUUGAGAAGGUUUCGGAACUCGGGGAUGCCGGUGCGUCACUGAUGCUCAUGUCGAACGGCCUCAAAGUUCUGGAACUCGUUGGGGUCGCUGACAAUAUUACUGCCGAGUCUUGCCCUAUUCAGCGCUUUAUUGACUCAACUUCGGACGGAAAACUACUCGGUUCCUCAGACCUGCCCAGCACCUUCAAGGAUAAGUAUGGCCAUCCUUUGGCUGGAAUCAAGCGUACGUCCAUCAACUUGAUGCUGAAAAAGACGCUUCUCGACCGCGACAUAGAGGUGAGAGAGGGCUGGGAGCUGCUGGAUAUUGAAGAAAAGAAAGAUUCUGUAACCGCCUACUUCAAUCACAAAAGGGCGGUCACCGCUUCGUUCCUCAUUGGCUGCGAUGGAAUUAAAUCUGCGAGCCGGAGGGCUCUCCUUCGGUCCAAGGGUAUCGCGGAAGGGCUCCCUUCAUAUACCGGCCUCACACAGACGGCUGGAAUCUCCAAAGUGCCCGAUUCGCUACUCACUCCCGCAGCCAUGCGCAAUUGGUACGGUGACGGAACUCAUGUCAUUGCUUACCCCAUCUCCAAGACGCACAUAUCGUGGGCGAUAACUCGACGAGAGACCAACGAAGCAGCGGAGACAUGGCGGCCGUAUCGACAAGAGGAACUCCCAGAGCAGACAAGUCAGCUCUGUAAGUUGCUGGAAGGGUGGAACUCUGUGCUCACGGACAUGAUCAAUGCCUCAGAGAGAGUCAUCAAAUUCGGACUUUUUGAUCGCCAAGAGUUGGAGCCAAGCCAGUGGUAUUCCGAGAGAUGUGUUUUGGUAGGAGAUGCCGCACAUCCAACCAGUCCGCACCUUGGCCAGGGUGCAAACCAGGCACUGCAAGUUGUUUCUUUUCUAUUGUUGCUACUCGGCAUUCAUGAUCUCCUGGCUAAUCUUCCUUCUUUUGUUAGGGAGGACUGCUUCCACUUAAGCCAAGCCUUGCCCGACCUAGCUUCAGUCGACACGCGUUUCGAAAAGGCUGUCGCGGCUCUCGGGCCGAGUUUGUCUGAUGCUAUCUUCAAGCCGUAUGCUGAGAAACGCCAACCGCGCACGUCGCACUUGGUUAGGGGAGCACGAGCAGUGGGGGAGCAGAGAACUGCUUCGGGCGAGGAAGCAUGUGUGUUGCGAGAUGGGUUGAUUACGGAAAAGUUUGCGGAUGAAGCUUUGCUUGCAAGUCGGAUGGAUGAGCUUUUGCGGGAGCCAUUCCAACGCACGCAGAGCCCAGCGUAG